GCGCGUGCGCGUGCCACGUGGCCGGCCCCGCCCUCCGCGGCCAUGAUCGAGGUCUCGGCGUCGCUGCUGCGGGGCGCCGCUUUCCUGGCCGGGGAGGCGCUGGAGUGCCUGGUGACGCUGCGCAACCCGCUCCCGCCCGACGCCACCUCUGCCUCCAGUGAGAUUCUGGCCUGGGCCAGUGCUCAGAUCCACUGCCAGUUGCACACCAGUGAGAGCCGGGUUGUUCUGCCACCUUCACAAGAUACCAGCUAUGACGCCCAGGCAGAAAACGAGACUGUCUUUGUGCCCAACAGAGGAGAGCGGGGUCAGUGCAUCCUGUCGACGCCCCCAAAGAUCCUCUUCUGUGACUUGAGGCUGGAUCCCGGCGAGUCCAAGAGCUACUCCUACUGCGAGACGCUGCCGGUGGACGGGCCGCCCUCCUUCCGUGGCCAGGCGGUGAAGUAUGUCUACAAGCUGACCAUCGGCUGCCAGCGGGUGAACUCGGCCAUCAAGCUGCUCCGAGUGCCCUUCCGAGUGAUGGUGCUGCAGGGGCUCAGAGGCUACCCCUUUCCCCAGGAUGAAGCUGUGGCCCCCUCCAACCCCUUCUUGGAGGAGGAAGAGGGCGGCGCCAAGAGGUCCUCCCGCCUGGCAGACUUGGCCACGGAGCUCCUGACGGUCGCCACUUCGCGGCGGAGUUUGCAUCUGUUCAGCAUCAGCAGCGCCCAGGGCCGAGUGGCCACCUUCUGCAUCUUCAAGACCGUCUACAAGAUUGGGGAGGACGUGGUGGGGACCUUCAGCUUCUCCGAGGGGGACACCCCGUGCCUGCAGUACCUGGUGAGCUUGCAGACGGAGGAGCGGGUGCAAGAGGCCUUCCAGCGCCACAGGGCCCAGGCUGCCUCGUACAGCACCCACGCCCGGCACCAGGAGUCCUGCCUGCACACGGCCCGGACCAGCUUCAGCCUGCCCAUCCCGCUCAGCUCGGCCCCGGGAUUCAGCACCAGCGUUGUGUCCCUCCAGUGGAGGCUCCACUUCGAGUUUGUCAUCCUGCGGGACGUGGCCGAGGCGCCCGUGGCUCCCAAGGACCAGUCGGAAGCCGCCAGCUGGACGGGAGGGGAGCAGGUGGACGUGGACACUUUCAGCUGGGAUUUGCCCAUCAAGGUGCUGCCCACCAGCCCCUUGCUGGCCACCUCCGCCUCCCAGCUGCCCAGCUGCAGCUCCCUCUCCAUCUGAGCAGGGGGGGCCGGUGGGAGAAGAGCCCGGGGCCCUGCCCCCUGCGGAGUGGCAGGCUGUG